CGCUUCUACAUCACGGCGCGGACGGAAGAUGGCGGGGCUGUUCGCCGGCUGCCGCUGAUCGGGCGGAGCGGAGUCGGACCCGCAACUCUGGCCCUGGCGCCGACCCGAGUCUGGCCCCCACUGCCUCCGAGCGGCCAUCGCCAUGUCACUGCUACAAUCUGCGCUCGACUUCCUGGCGGGUCCUGGCUCCCUGAGCGGAGCUACCGGCCGCGACCAGAGCGACUUCGUGGGCCAGACUGUGGAGCUGGGCGAGCUGCGCCUGCGGGUGCGGCGAGUCUUGGCAGAGGGAGGAUUUGCUUUUGUGUAUGAAGCUCAAGAUCUGGGAAGUGGCAGAGAGUAUGCAUUAAAGCGAUUACUGUCCAAUGAAGAGGAAAAGAACAGAGCCAUCAUUCAAGAAGUUUGCUUCUUGAAAAAACUCUCUGGCCACCCCAACAUCGUCCAGUUCUGCUCUGCAGCAUCCAUAGGAAAAGAGGAAUCUGACACGGGGCAGGCAGAGUUCCUGCUGCUCACAGAGCUCUGCAGAGGGCAGCUGGUAGAAUUUCUAAAGAAAAUUGAAGCUAAAGGCCCUCUGCCCUGUGACACCGUCCUGAAGAUCUUCUACCAGACAUGCAAAGCUGUGCAGCAUAUGCACAGGCAGAAGCCGCCCAUCAUCCACAGAGACCUCAAGGUGCCAGCUAUGGGCACAGGUGCCCUCACGUCAUUUCAUGCUCUGGAUCCCCCAGGCCGAGGCCUUGUGAGCGCCUCCGUCCGCUGGGCUCAGGUUGAGAACUUGUUACUCAGCAGCCAGGGGACCAUUAAGCUGUGUGAUUUUGGCAGUGCUACCACCAUCUCCCACUACCCCGACUAUAGCUGGAGUGCCCAGAAGCGAGCCAUGGUGGAGGAGGAGAUCACAAGGAACACCACACCUAUGUACAGGACACCAGAGAUUGUAGACCUGUAUUCCAACUUCCCCAUUGGUGAGAAGCAGGAUAUCUGGGCCCUGGGCUGCAUCCUGUACCUGCUGUGUUUCCGGCAGCAUCCUUUUGAGGAUGGUGCAAAACUGCGAAUUGUCAAUGGGAAGUACUCAAUCCCGGCAAAUGACACACAGUACUGCGUCUUCCACGACCUCAUCCGCGCCAUGCUUAAGGUCAACCCUGAGGAGCGGCUGUCCAUUGCAGAGGCCGUACGCCAGCUGCAGGAGAUUGCAGCUGCAAGGAAUGUGAACCCCAAGGCGCCCAUCACAGAGCUGCUGGAGCAGAAUGGAGGCUAUGGGAACCCAGGGCCAUCCCGGGCACCACCCACUCCUGGGGGACCUUCAAGCAGCAGCAACAGUGGAGCCCUGGCCUUAGCAGAAUAUGACCAGCCCUAUGGCGGUUUCUUUGACAUCCUACGGGGCGGGACAGAGCGGCUCUUCACCAACCUCAAGGAUACCUCCUCCAAGGUCAUCCAGUCUGUGGCCAACUAUGCAAAGGGCGAUCUGGACAUAUCUUACAUCACUUCUAGGAUUGCUGUGAUGUCAUUCCCUGCUGAGGGCAUGGAGUCAGCUAUCAAAAAUAAUAUUGAAGAUGUGCGGUUGUUUCUGGACGCCAAACACCCGGGCCACUAUGCUGUCUACAACCUGUCCCCGAGGACCUACCGGGCAUCCAAGUUCCAUAACCGGGUUACCGAGUGUGGCUGGGCUGCCAGGCGGACCCCAAACCUCCAUAGCCUGUACACCAUCUGCAGGAAUAUGCAUGCCUGGCUGCGGCAGGACCACAGGAACAUCUGCGUCGUACACUGUAUGGAUGGGAGAGCAGCAUCUGCCGUGGUUGUCUGUGCCUUCCUGUGCUUUUGUCGCCUCUUCAGCACUGCUGAGGCCGCUGUGUACAUGUUCAGCAUGAAGCGCUGUCCACCAGGCAUUUGGCCGUCCCACAAAAGGUACAUCGAGUACGUGUGUGACAUGGUAGCAGAGGAGCCCAUCACGCCGCACAGCAAGCCGAUGCUGGUAAAGGCUGUGAUCAUGACCCCCGUGCCGCUAUUCAGCAAGCAGAGGAAUGGCUGCAGGCCCUUCUGUGAAGUCUACGUGAGGGAUGAGCGCGUGACUACCACCUCCCAGGAGUACGACAGGAUGAAGGAGUUUAAGAUCGAGGACGGCAAGGCAGUCAUCCCCUUGGGCAUAACGGUUCAAGGCGAUGUGCUCAUUGUCAUUUACCAUGCCAGGUCUACUCUUGGUGGGCGGCUGCAGGCCAAGAUGGCGUCCAUGAAGAUGUUCCAGAUUCAAUUCCAUACUGGUUUCGUGCCUCGGAACGCAACCACUGUAAAGUUCGCCAAGUAUGACUUGGAUGCGUGUGACAUUCAGGAGAAGUACCCGGAUCUGUUCCAAGUAAACCUGGAGGUGGAGGUGGAGCCCAGGGAUAGGUCAUGCCAGGAGGCCCAACCGUGGGAGAACACCAGCAUGAGAGGGCUGAACCCCAAGAUCCUGUUUUCUAGCCGAGAGGAGCAGCAGGACAUCUUGUCCAAGUUUGGGAAGCCAGAGCUGCCCCGGCAGCCGGGCUCCACAGCUCAAUAUGACGCCGAGGUGGUGUCUCCAGAGGCUGAGCCUACGGACUCGGACUCACCGCAGAGCAGCAGCGCAGAUGUGAAACACUUCCUCCACAUGCUGGAUUGGCAGGGAGAGAAAGAAACAGAGACUGGUAUGGAAGGAUCGUCUUCUAAGGAGAGCCAGGCUGUCCUGAUCACAGAUAGAGACGAAAGCGAGGCAUCAGAUGAAGAGGCGGCCUCAGUCCCUAACAGAGACAGCCAGCCUGGGGCCAGUGAGGACUUACCAGGCCCCAUUGCAGGGAGCUGGCAGCAAGACCUGAUGCUCGACACAGCCACCCCAGCCUCACCACAGGAAUCCAGGCCUCAGGAAGAUGGCAUUGACCUCCUGGGGCUGCACUUGGAGGCAGCCCCAGGACCAGCUGCCUCUGCAUAUACCUCUCCGGCCCCCUCCAGCAACACUGCCCUGCUCAGCUGCCUCCUGGGGCCACCUGAAUCCACUCUGCAGGGGCUGCCCAAUGACCUGCUGGGCAGCGAGGCCCCACUCCUGGAGAGUCCAGCCCCUCCUCUGAGUGUACAGAGCAACCCACAGGGAGGACCCCCUGCCACAGCUGACCCAUUUGACCCCCUCCUUCUGGCUCCUGAUGCUGACUCCCAGCCCUGUUCCCAGCCUGACCUCUUUGGCGAGUUCCUGCAUGCAGACCCUGUGGCAGCUCCAGCAACCUUCCCCGAAGUGCCCACCAGCAGUGCCCCGCUGCCAUCCAGUGCCACCUUCCUGCCCCUAGGGAACCUGCCAGCAGAGCCCAGCAAGGUGACAGCCUCGUCCAGUCACCAAGACCUGCUGGGAGGAUGGGAUGCCUGGGCCGAGGCUGCUGUGCCCGAGCUGGCCUCAGAAGGAUCCCUCUUUCCUUCUGGAGCUCAACUGACCCCUGCCGGUCCCCACCCCAGCCAGACCAAGUCUCAGAGCCUGGAUCCAUUUGCUGACCUCGGUGCCCUCUGUGACCUUGGCUGCAGCCUCCCAGGCUUGGCUGCUGGACCCCCACUUGGAGGCUUUGUUCCCAAAGCAGCCCCUUCACCCAAAGGCGGUAGCUCCUGGCAGACAAGUCGGCCACCAGUCCAGGGCACGUCAUGGUCCCCCCAGCCCAAGAUUCCUGCCAAAACUUGCGUACCGCCAAGGCCAAACUACUCCAUGAACUUCAGUGUGAUUGGGGACCGAGAGGAACGGGGCGUCCGCAUGCCCAGCUUCAGUGAGUCACAUCCGGGAGCUCAAAAGCCAAAAGUCUCAGAGAAUGACUUUGAAGAUCUGCUGCCCAACCAAGGCUUCUCCAGGUCUGACAAGAAGGGGCCAAAGACCAUGGCAGAGAUGAGGAAGCAGGACCUCGCCCGAGACACAGACCCCCUCAAGCUGAAGCUCUUGGACUGGAUCGAGGGCAAGGAGAGGAACAUCCGUGCGCUGCUGUCCACGUUGCAUACAGUGCUGUGGGAUGGGGAGCACCGCUGGACCCCUGUGAGUAUGGCUGACUUGGUGACACCAGGGCAGGUGAAGAAGCAGUACCGCCGUGCGGUGCUGGUCGUGCAUCCGGACAAGGCCACAGGGCAGCCCUAUGAGCAGUAUGCCAAGAUGAUCUUCAUGGAGCUCAAUGACGCCUGGUCUGAGUUUGAGAACCAGGGCUCGAGGCCCCUCUUCUGAAGCCCUGCAGUGGCUGUGUGAGCACUUACAAGGUCAAGGCCAGGUUGGUCUUGAGAGUCUCCCAGGCUAUGGGACGCGACACCGAUGCAGCACAGGCAGCCCAGACCCUCCGCUCCCUGCUGUCCCAUGUGGUUCCUGGACAAACACCCGCCUGCAGCGCAGGGCAGAAAACAUUCCAAAGCUGAAUUUUGUUUCAUUUUUUUUUCCUUGUCCCAGAGGAAUGGUGUUGAUUUAUGCUUCUUCCACAGUUGUCACAGUUUGUGAUUCAUCCUUUGUUUGGUGUCUGUCACCCUCCAGCACGCUGUUGACUGUGUUCACUGCUGUUACUUCCUGGGCUGGAGUGUCCAUCCCACUUUGUAAUCAGUCUGAUGAUCGUCUGUACAUAAUUAAACUUUUUCUGAUGA